GAGCCCUUUAUACACACACUCCUAUUUUCGAAUUCAUACGCCACUAUAUCGAGCCGGAGAAUUUCGCUCUCGUCGAGAGUCAACGGCCUUAUCUCUUCUCUCUGUCUCUCUCGCACUUGCCUUAUCUCGUCUUUAUCUCGCGGCUUUUCCGUCGAGACGACACCGCAGCUCCGCGUGUGCAUGUGUGUGUGUGUGUGUGUGUGUGCGCGCGUGCGGAGGCGACGAUCGGUAAGUCGUCCGCAGGUUUCAGUUGUACUUCGCACCGUCGCGUGAUAUUGUAUUCGGCGGAGGAAAGUUUUACGCGGCCUACACUCUCUCUAAACUUAUCUGGCCCAAUUAGCCAGUACGUGUGUGCGUGUCUCCGGGAGAUUAUUUUUAGAGCACAUUAUAGCGGCUGCUUUGCUCGGUCGAUGCAUUUCCUGUAUAUUAUGGGCUGCGAGUGAAUGAACCACGUGCAUAGUGUUAUUUUCGGGAUCGUAUUGUUGUUGUUGUUGUUGCGGACAACAGGUGGUUCUGGCAUUAUACAGUGUGAACAGUGUAUACGUGUGUUUUUUUUUUGUGAAAGGUGACGGGUACGGUUGUAUCCAAUGCGGAUGAUGAAAUUGAUUACUCCUUGAGAGCUAAUUCAGCGGUUAACGACGCCAGUGUUUAGUGAGUGUUUCCCUCGCGUAAAACAGUGACAUAUAAGUGCGAGCACUGAAAAAUAACAGUAAAAAAACAGAAAGUGUCAAGGGUGCGACACCUGCUGAACCUUUGCCCGGGGGAUUGUUUGCGUCAUCCCAUAACACACACACACACACACACACACAUCUUUACGGAGGCGAGAGCCGGUAUCCGUGUUACGCAACAGGAUUGUUCUAUGCGGCAAGAUGAUGGAGACGCAGAACUACUGGGAGGACAGCUCCGCGCACUCCAUGCAAGUGAAAUACGAGAGCCUCGAUGGUAGAUCCUGCAAAGACGAGAUCUACAGGAUGGGCCUCGGCGCCGGCUACUGCGAGGGAAACCUCAAUUUCGCAACGGCUUCCGAGGAUGACGAGGUCUACACGAAAAAGAAAGUGUCGAGGCAAGAUCCGAUGUCGCACAGGAUCAUAGAGAAGCGCAGGCGAGAUCGCAUGAACAACUGCCUGGCGGAUCUCAGCAGACUCAUCCCCGCCGAGUACCUGAAGAAGGGCAGGGGCAGAGUCGAGAAGACCGAGAUCAUCGAGAUGGCCAUUCGUCACAUGAAGCAUCUUCAGGGUCUUCGACAAGACUCGAAGCAUCACACGCCCGUGUCGUCGGUCCACGCGAUGCACACCGAGGACAGCGUCGACAGCGUGUCACAUCCGUCGACCACCGGCUCCAGUGCCGCCGAGCAUUACAGGCUCGGCUACCAGGAGUGUCUCAGCGAGACGAUGCACUUCCUCGUCGAGGUCGAGGGCUACUUCGCCCGGGACGCUCUCUGCGUGCAGCUGAUCAGUCACCUGCAGCAGCACUGCGACAAAAUCCUCGCUACCAGCGACAGGCUAGGCUUCCCCCAUCCGGUGGACCUACCCACCACGAACGGCUCAGCCUGCAACGGCGUGAGCUCCUUCGCUCACGGCAACGGUGGCAUUCCGUCCAUGUGUCCGAACGGCGCCAACGGCUCGUCCCCGACCAACGGAAUAGGCCUCCUCACCAACAACAACAACGUCAACGGCAACGGCCACCUCAGCCACAACAACAACAACAGCAUCAACAACAACAACAACAACAACAACAACAACCCCACAUCCAACCAGCACCACCACACGCUGCUCCACAACAACAGCAGCAACUCGGACCGCUGCUCCAGUUCCGGCGUCUCGUCCUUCGACUCCAGCGAGUCAUCGUCCCGGGCGUCCCAUCACCAGGGUGGUCGCGUCCUCAUCCCUCCGCCGAACCUCGUCAGCGACGACAGCAACCACAGCAGCCACUCGCACGGUAGCAGCAGCCUCCUGCUGACCCCCGCAAGCUCCUCCGAGCAGCAGAGGCCACCGGCCAACUACAAGUUCAAGAACUCGAUCAAGCAGAGGUUCAGCGCCGACCAGAGGAUAAAGAGCUCGAGCUCACCUCCGCCCACCAGCAGCUCCGAGGCAUCACCCAAGCAUCAGCAGCAAUCCGGACCUGCUCAGGGUGUUCCCAUCUUUGCGCUUCACGACAACGGCGGUUUCUACGUACCCCUCACGCUUGAAGCAUCUCUUCUCAGGCCUCAUAUGGGCUGCACCGCUGGAGAUAUCUCCGGACCGGACGUCGUCCUUCAUCCCGUCACGAUAUCCGUGAAUUUCAAUCACGCGUCACCCGGUACCGGGUGGUCGCACCAGCAAAGCCCACCUCAUCAGAUUCAGUAGUGAGGCUCCGGCUGAGGUCGGACUGCCAGCCGCACGCGAGAUGGACGAUCGCAUCGCGAACUCGAGUGUUAGGCUGUGUCGUGUGCGUUAUGAUGGGUGGAUGGAUUUUUUCUCUAUAUGUAUAGUACCGUCGUCGUCGUCGAGUGGAGAGAGAGAGAGAGAGAGAGAGAGAGAGAGAGAGAGAGCUUUUAUUUACCUGUGUCGUCGUACUUACGUUUCUCACACGCUCUUUUGUAGUAUUGUUCAUUCUCGGGGAAUACUCCACAGUAUUUCGACUGCGUUGUGAACGUGCUAUAUACAUAAUAUUCUCUUUACUUUUACUGUAUAACGUACGAUGUGCGUAGCGCUUAAUUUUAAAAGGUUACAUUGCGAUUGUAUAAUAUAUUAUCGUUAUACUCCCUUGUCGACGGAUUGCCAUGGAAUUAUUUUGCUUGUUCGCCUCCGGGAGUAAAUUGUAUACGCGUACGAUCGAGCUGGGACGAGAUGCAUGUGUGUGCGAGUCGUCCAAGUCUGCUGCAGCAUUUACUCGACGAGAGAGAAAAUAGUUAGGAUUACGUGUAACAUAUGAACAUGAGAACACAGAGACGUACACGCGUACACAUCUUUUUUCUCUUUUGUAAGAAUAUUCCAGCGACGUGAAAACUAAUUUUACCGAUGAGACUUUUUUGCCGCGCGACGGAACUCUCGUUUUAUUAUGUAUUCGUGUCUUUAACAUUUUUGUUUUUGUUGUAAGAUUGUGCAUGAACCUAUGUAAUGUAAGCUUGAGUACACGCGUGAAACCGGAAUUUCGAGGAAGAAAGCGCGUUUGUACGAUCAAUCUACACGGUUGGAAAGUUCAUUAACAGUUAGUUUGAGAAACUAGCAGCUGUUAAUUUAACUCAGCAGUAGUGCGGACAAUUUUUACGACGACGAGAGGACGGAUGGUUUAUAUAGGACGAGUAUUGUUGACUUUUUCGAGAACGAAAGUAAACGGAAAAAACUGGCGACGAUCAGUUUUUCUUUGUUCUUUCAAGCCGUAAUUGUUACGUUUAAUAGCUUUAUGAAUGUUGAAGACUUUUUAAAUUUACGAUAACUACUAAGAGAUAUAUUUUUAGCGUGAAAAUUUGUUGAACGAAAUGUAAAGAGAAAUGCGACGUUUUAUCUCGAAACAUAAUAUAUCGGUAUGUACAAACGAGUAAUCAAAAUAGAUGAAAUUUUUCUUGCUGAAUAUACACACAUAUAUAACGAAGCAAUAAUCCGUUAUAUUCAAUCGUUUGCAAUAGAAAGACUCAAUCGAAUCGAGAAAGUAAACGGCGCAUUUCCAAACUCUUGUUAUACAUCCUUCCAAUAUAUAUAUUGCGUAUUAUUUCCAACUGUGUAAAUUUGUGAUAUUAUAUACGGAUUAGAAAUGAUGCAAAUCAAACAAUCGUCAUUUGUUAAAAGGGCAGGACGAUUUUCUCUCUUUCAUUUACUCAUUACACGUCAGAAAGUGGCUUUUUUUUCGUCGAAAUAGCGUGGGUUUCGUUAUCUCAUAUACUGUACACUGCCCCUUCAGCAAAUCCCGACUUUACCUUAUUUAUAGAGAGUAAAGUGUAAUUCUUUACCGGAAUUUCGGAUGCGCAAUAACAAGAAAGAUAUAAGAAACCAACAAAGCGUAUGUUAUACACUUGAAAGAAAAACCAACAAAAAAAAAGAGGAUAACAGGCGUUUGAUAUACGAUGUAAUUAUUAGAGAAAAAAAUUAUGAAAACUGUAAAGUUUGAUAAACAAAAGCUGCAAAAAGAAAAAGCUCGGUGCGCGAAGCCGAGAUUUUUUUUACUGGGCAGCGGGCCUCAGCAACACAAGACUGACCGAGACCUGCAUUACACUAGAGAGAAAAAAAGAAAAUUUUUCUUCUUUAUAAGAUCACCACAUACUGCAUUAACUAUUAUUUGUACAUACCACACUUAGCUGUAUAAAAACCGUUGAGAGAAGAGUUUGUGCGAAAAAAUAAAUUAUAUAUAUAUAUAUUUACCGUA